AUGUUACCCUCGAGAGAUGACAUAGCGAAGUUCAUAGCCAUCGCUCCAGAGGCUAAUGAAGGAACUGCCCUUAGGUUUUUAGAGGAAGCGGAAAGUAUCGAGGAUGCUAUUAGUCGGUAUUAUGAUGUUGAAAAUGAGGCUACAGCUCCAAGGUUGCCUACUACGGAUGCUGAGGCUGAGACGGGGAACCGUCCCCCACCGUAUGCACGUUCAGCCAUAAGCGGGGUUGCGCAUCAGUACUCCAAUAUAUUCAGUGAAGCUGCCGACAUCCGCUCUCAAGAUGAACAAGAUAUGCAAGUCGCCUUCAAAAGCCUACAGCAGGCCGGCCAUAUCUUCAAUAGUGAUAUUGAACCAGAGCAUACCGCACAAUUUGUUAACUGUAACUGCGAUGUCCACAAAUACCAAGCAAGAAAGUCUUCCCGACUUCCUGUUCAGGAAAUGUGGUCCAAAGCAGUCAUGUAUCCAGCUCAGGUUGCUAUUGAUGCAAAAGAGCCAACAUCUACUAUAUGGGAUACCGAAGACCCAGAAAUCUCUGUACCAACUGAAGCUGACGGCACAGCUUCAUCUAAUACCCAGCAACCAGCCGCACAACGGCUCGACCCCUCAACUCCUCCCGCAGAGGGCUCCAAGCCAUUCGCAUUUGGUAGCUUGAAAAAAAUGUUAUCGAAGAAGACGCCAGAGAAAAAGGCAGAGAAGGCAGCUAUCCAUACUAAGGGGCUACGCAAGGCCAUUCUAGAGGAAGAGCAAGGCAGAUGGCCAAAUCAAGAAUUGCGACAGAUUGUGGCAACAUACCAAGAAACAGUUGGAAUGAGUCAAAAGAUUGCUGAUCUUCGUACCCGACACCCAAUUCAGUAUCUCCACCUUCUCCGAGCAGGAUAUUUUGAACCUAUUCCAGUAACUUGGGCAAAAUCCACGUUCAACCCUCUCAAAUUGUCCAUUGACGCAAUUGGUGGGUGGAGAGGAGUCACACCCGACUGGAGAGGAUACAAUGAUCUCGCCGAGGAACGUCUAUACUGGGUUAUGAAGAACAAAGAGGGCAUUGUUGGAAACAAGAUGAAGCCCGAUCUCAUUUCUGCGAUGAGCAUGGCUCGAUCUAGAAUGGAAUCCGCGAUUGAGAUACCUACAGAAUACUUCUCACGCGACGAUAUCUGCAAAGUUCAAUCUAUCUCGGAGACUUAUUCAGAGCAGGUUGUGCCUCCGUUCAGACACUCUGGGGAGCCGGCGGUUCCUUUAGACGAAACUAUGAUUCUCCUAGGGGUCUCUGAGUCUAUGAAAUCGGCACCACUUCGCCCGAAUUAUAAUGAGCAUCUCAUUACAGGUUUUUCCGCCUCUAAGCAGCCAAAGAGCAAAGACAUCGCCAAGACUAUCAUACAUCGCUUUACUCAAGCAAUGAUCAAUCACGACCACAAUACCCGAGGCUAUCAACUUCUUACAGUCGCGAAUCAGGCCCGCUACAUAGGCUACAUCAACCACCAGAAUCUCGAACAAAAAUGGCCGAACAUUCGAUUUGGAGGAGAAACUCAACUGAUGUUAGGCUGGCAAAGAGCCAAGGAACUCCACUUCCAAAAGCACUCGGGGACAGCAAUCUACCACCCUAUGUACGGGUGGCAAGCUCGUCCACAGACACCCAUACUGAGGUUGCUUAUCGUACUCGACGGCGAGGCAACAGACAUGAACGAAUUCCUACUCGAUCUUCUUGGUCUAUCUUGGGUUUAUGUCACGAUCUUCCUGAUGGGUGCAGAUAGAUGUCCACAACACCAUCGCUUUGCAAAUGAGCUACACAGAAUCAGCAACGCCAACCCCCGUGUUUCUUUCGUCGAUGCGCAGGGGAAUAUGCCGGAGCGCUUUGUCACUCAUGAACUACUGAAGCGACAUCUCCGAUACAAUGUUUCAUUCUCUGAGUUUGAAAUGCUGGAGCAAGCGACAGUGGAUCUACCGUCAUAUGUAGAAUAA